UUCGUAGUACGUCGUAGCGCAGCGCGCCUUUACCCCAGUGGAAUGCAGUAAGUAUUCCCUGCCUUAGUGAGGCAUUAAAAAACUACAGCCGGCAUAUGUAAUUUAAGUAUUUUCGUGUAUUACAAAAGCACAGCGUUUUAAUACAAAUAAAUUUGUUGAAAAUAUGAUAAGAAGGAUAAGAUAAGGUUCGUUUGCUUUUCUCGCGAUCAAAAAGUAUUACUUUCGGCGAAAUUCUUAAAAAUUCUCUUGCGUUAUGCAAUAUUAGCCAAUCACUAAACCAAAUUUAGUGCUCUUUAACAAGGCAGCAUAAACCUAUAUGUAGUAGUAUAUCAUCAUCUAAAAUUCAAUAUAAUUUAACAUCACCUUUUAUAAGUUUUGAGGAAAAUGAAAAAACUAUAUAAAAUAAAAACUACUCGUAUUGAAAUUAAAAUUUUGGUGAUAAAUUGAUUUGCCAAGAUGAGCGACAGCCAAAUUGGCGAUUUGGGUAGCGGUGCUGGCAAAGGUGGUGGCGGCGGUGGCACGAUUCGCGAAGCUGGUGGUUCUUUCGGCAAAAUGGAAGCGGCGCGUGAAGAAGAAUACUUCUACAAGAAGCAAAAGGAACAACUCGACCGUUUGAAAAACGAUCAAAUCCACCAAGCUGAAUUCCAUGCUCAACAGAUCAAGGAACACGAAGAAGCUGUCCAACGCCAUAAGACCUUCCUCGAGAACGUUCAGAAGUAAACACAAGAAGCCAGAAGCUAUAACAUCACUAAACGGCCGCAGCAAAUUUUUUAAAAGAGCUUUCGAAAUUUUAGUAUAAGACCAAAAAAAAACAAACAAUAUCCGAUUAUUUUGCACUUUUUAUAUACUUUAUUUUUGUUAUGUUUUCAACGUCUACAAAGCUAUUCAACAUUUUGCAGUAUUCAACAUUUUGAACGAUUUACACAAUGGAAAUAUAAAUAAAAUUGAGCAAAUGCAAUAAAAAUAUUAAACCUUUUAAUUUGAAA